AUGCAAGCGCCGGCCGACGACCCUGUGUACGGGUACGCCUACCUUGGCAUCUUUGUGGGCUUCCUCGUCUUCUGCUCGACGCUCAUUGUCGUAUUUGCGCUGCUCUACUACGGCGGCUCCUUCCACCGCAUGCAGCACGAAGCCGUGGGCAUGCCAGAGUCGAUGGACCAAGAAAAGCCACUGCUCUACGACGAGCUCCUCGAGAAGGCGGCGACGUUUCCCGAGAAGCCGCCGUCGUUUGAGCUCGACGGCUACAUCGUCAAGCUUCGUCCGCUGCACAGCGGGUCCGCCAAGGACGUCAAGGCCAUGGUGCGCCGCCUGUACGACAUCUCGUCUGGGAAAGCCCUUGGCGGGUUCUACGGCACCAAAGACUAUGACGCUGACGCGCUCAUUUGGCGCUAUAUGACAACGGGGCCGUUCCCGAGCUUCGAGGCAUUUGAGAAGGACCGCGCCGUGGAGCUGCCUAACCAGCGCCACUUUGUCGUCCUUGAUGCGUCGACUGACAAGCCCGUCGGUAUGGUGUGUCUGAUCAACCACUCGGCCAAGGACCUCCGAGUCGAGAUCGGUGCGACCUGGUACUGCCCCGCAGCCCAAGGGUCGGGCGCCAACCGUGAGUCUGUCUACCUCCUGCUUCGCGCGCUCUUUGAUUUGGGGUACCGCCGUGUCGAGUGGCGUUGUGAUGGCUUCAAUGUGCGCUCGCGCAAGGCAGCCCACUCACUCGGCUUUACCUUUGAAGGUGUUUUGCGCAAGCACAUGAUCGUGAAGGGCGCCAACCGUGACACGGCCGUGCUUGCGGCGCUCAACGGCGAGUGGCCGGGCAUCAAGGAGAUGCUCGAAGGCAAGAUCGAGUCGUCGCUGCGCGCCAAGGCCGCGGCCAAAAAGACCCAGUAG